UCACUGUAAGCAGAUCUUUCGCCGCAGCAGCAGGUUGAUGAAGAGUCGAAAGGAAUUAAAUUAAAGGAAAAGGAAAAUCGACUUCAUUAAACAGCGACAAUAUGGCUCAAGGUAGUGUGAAUGCUGAUUUUCGGAUCGUGGUGGAAAAUGUGAUGAAUCGCUGGACCGCUUUGCGGAUGGCCGUCGAACACGGCAUGGGUGGCCCUUUGGGAUUGAACACUGCAAUUGAGCUGAUCGACUAUGUUACAGCGUUCUGCACGGAUAACAAGAACAUUGAUUCUAUCGAUGUGCGAGAAUUGCUCGAGGAAAUCAUGGACCAAGAGUACGAGACGAUCUGUGAGGAUGAUUCAAUUCAAGAAAUAAGCGUGCUGCUGAUGAAAUACUUGAACCUGCUGAAGCAAGGCAAAACGGAGGAGGUGAUGGCCGAGUUGAGGCUGAUGAAGCCGUGUGAAAUGUGGAUUGUGAGUGGAGCUAAAAUCAAAUAUCAACGCAUGGACGAUAGUAGCAGCGAGAGCGAUGAUCCAGCGGACGAUCAGGAGGAGAUGGAGGUUGACCAGACUUCCGGCAGCGUGAACGUCGUCAGUCCCAGCACCGAAGGAUCUAGCAUAAAGUUCACAGAAGAGGACAUCGAUCCCGGCUGGACGCAGGUGCGUGGUAGACGGCGUCGUUGAGGUUGAGAUUUUUGUUUAACAAAAUCCCCUGUAAAUAAAUUAAAAAAAUCAGGAAAAUAUAAAAAACAUUGC